AUGUCACAGUAAUAGCAUAACCCAUCCGGAAAUAAGUAAAAACCACUUGAACACUGUUAGCAUUUAGUCGAGUCUGAACAAAUUUAGCAAUUAGAUGAGCACUUACCACACUUAUCACCAUUUAAAGAAUAUUUAUAAUAUCCAUUUUAAAUGUCGCAAUAAUUGCAUGACCCAUCUGGAAAUAAGAAAAAACCACUUGAACACUGUUGGCAUUUGGUUGAGUCCGAACAAAUUUAGCAAUUAGAUGAGCACUUAUCACACUUAUCUCCAUUCAAAGAAUAUUUGUAAAAUCCAUUUUGUACGUCACAGUAAUUGCAUGAUCCAUCUGGAAAUAAAUAAAAACCACUUGAGCACUGUUAGCAUUUAGUUGAGUCUUAACAAAUUUAGCAAUUAGAUGGACACUUACCACACUUAUCUCCAUUUAAAGAAUAUUUAUAAUAUCCAUUUUAUAUAUCACACUAACUACAUGAUCCAUCUGGAAAUUAAUAAUAGCCUGAUGAGCAUAACAAGCAACUUGCAGAAUUAUCACAAGUAUCACAAUUAGACUAACAUUAAAUACACUUAUUCGCAUUCAUGACAAGUCUUUUCACAUGUAUUAUCAAGUUAAAGGAAGUAGCCUGA